GGGAGGAGAAGAAGAACAAAAAAGCUCCCUACCCAUCAGGCUCCUGUCUUUGAACCUAAGAUUUUUACAGCUUCUACGUAGCCAUGAUUGCUGUAUAGACUGGAGAGCUUGUGUGUGUGUGUGCGUGUAUGACUGUGUGUGUGUGUGUGUGUGCGCCUAUGUGUGUGUAUGGGACUGUGCCACCCUCCAGCGCCUGCCUGAGCCCUUAGCCAGCGCCUGAUUGUCUCCUUGAGGGAACAAUGUGGGUUUCCGCUGGGGGUCCCAGAAUCCUGUCCCCGCCUGUGCAAACCGUGUGAAAGGCAGAUUUUGCGAGAAGGGGGCAACGCACGGAGGAGGAGGAGUGUGUCCGUAGCGAGAGGAGGGGUGGAAAAAAGGAAGCCCUCAUGGAAGUAUGAAGGAGAUGGUGGGAGGCUGCUGUGUUUGUUCUGACGAGAGAGGAUGGGCAGAGAACCCGCUGGUCUAUUGCGAUGGACACGGUUGCAACGUGGCUGUACAUCAAGCUUGCUAUGGAAUCGUCCAGGUUCCCACCGGACCCUGGUUCUGUCGAAAAUGUGAAUCUCAAGAGAGAGCCGCCAGGGUGAGAUGUGAGCUGUGUCCCCACAAAGACGGAGCCCUGAAACGGACCGACAAUGGAGGCUGGGCACAUGUCGUCUGUGCUCUGUACAUCCCUGAGGUGCAGUUCGCCAACGUGCUGACCAUGGAGCCGAUUGUCCUGCAGUACGUCCCUCACGACCGUUUCAGCAAGACUUGCUAUAUCUGCGAAGAGCAGGGCAGGGAGAGCAAAGCAGCCUCUGGGGCUUGUAUGACCUGCAAUCGACAUGGCUGCCGGCAAGCCUUCCAUGUCACCUGUGCCCAGAUGGCGGGCCUCUUGUGUGAAGAGGAAGUCCUGGAAGUCGACAAUGUCAAAUAUUGUGGCUACUGCAAGUAUCACUUCAACAAAAUGAAGACAUUGCGUCACUCUGGAGGCAGCUCCUUCAUCGCUGGGAGAAGAAGCCGGUCUGUGUCACCCACUCAGGAGAAGCCUGUCACCCACCAUGAGAGGCCAAAGAAGAGUCGGAAGGACAAAGAAAGACCUAAACAGAAGCACAAAAAACAUCCGGAGUCUCCCACCAGCCUCGCCCCGUCCUCUGUGCCCGUCCCUGCUGAGAAGGGCUCCACCGGCCACCAUGAAGGUAGCAAAGAGACCUCGGAGGUCAGCAGGUCAGAGGUGAAAGGCAAGAAGUCCUCAAGCCAUGGCACCAGCCACAAGGGGAAAAAGACGGGAAGUGGGAAAAGCUCCACCAGCUUCACCUCAGCUCCCUCCAGCAGCACUUUCCAGCCUGCAGGCACCUCAUGCAGCUCCCUGCAGGGCUCCCAGGAUUUUGUGACAUUCCCCAAGCUCGAGCAGGAAGAAGAGAAGUACCGGAAGCCCGUCUCCUCCUCCUCCUCCUCGUCCCACUGCUCCCCGCUGUACGAAGGACAGAAAGGGGACAUCUUCGAGCAGAAGGUCAUAUUCUCGGGCUUCGGUUCUAUCAUGCGCUUCUCCACCUCGGCGGUGAGCCAGCAGCGGGGCCGCGUUGCCUCCCCCGUGGACUACAAGGCCUCGAACCCAGUCAGCGGCCCCUCGGGGGGAGGCGGUGGCACGGGCGGCGGCAGCCACAAGCGCAUGCCCUCCCUCAGCAUCGAGGACGGGGAGGUGCUGAAGGAGAAGAAGCACAAAGGCAGCAAGAAAAGCAAGCACGGGCCUGGCAGGCCGAAGGGAGGCAAGAACAAGGAGAUGCUGGGCACCCAGCUGGCUGGGUCCACGUCGACCUCCUCCUCACCCUUCUCCGGGGGCUCCCUCGUCAGCUCCAGCAUCGGCAACUCAUCCCGGUCCUUCAGCCACACCGGGACCCUGCCCAGCCUAAGCCUGGAGUCCCCCCUGCUGGGCUCAGGGAUCUACACCAGUAACAAGGACCCCAUUUCCCAUGGGGGCGGGGUGCUCCGGGCCGUGUGCAGCACCCCCCUCUCCUCCAGCCUCCUCGCACACCAAGGCACCUCCUCGCUCCCACAGCUCAACCGCUCCCCCUUUGCUAGCACCAUCCCGGCCUCCUCCUCUUCCGCGGUGUCCACCACCCAGGUGUUCUCGCUGGCAGGAUCCACCUUUAGCCUCCCCUCCUCGCACAUUUUCGGAAGCCCCCUGACCUCUGGCCUGUCUAUGAACCCUCUUUUGAACCAGUCUGAAAGCAGCCGGGCAGAGCCCGACCUGGAAGACUGCAGUUUUGGCUGCCGAGGAACCUCCCCGCAGGAAAGCCUCUCCUCCAUGUCCCCCAUCAGCAGCCUCCCCACCCUCUUCGACCAGACCGUGUCCUGUAGCAGCAGCGGGCAGCUGGAGAACGUCCCCCAGGCCACCCCCAACAUCGAGCAGCUCCUGGAGAAGCAAGGCAACGGGGAAGCCGGCGUAAACAUUGUAGAAAUGCUCAAGGCCCUACACUCCCUGCAGAAGGAGAACCAGCGGCUGCAGGAGCAGAUCAUGACCCUGACGGCUAAGAAGGAGCGGCUGCAGCUCCUCAACGUCCAGCUCUCCGUCCCCUUCCCGGUGGUGACCACCAGCAACGGCCCUUCCGGCCACGCCCAGUACAUCCUGCCUGCCAAUGUGUGCAACAGCGACUCCCUGAGCAUCAACAAGAACUCCCCCUGCAAGAACAGCUUUGGGAUCGAGAACUCCCUCUCCACCUCCUCCGAGGAUCCGCACUCCGGCUGCCCCAGCAGAAGCAGCUCGUCCCUCUCCUUCCACAGCACCCCUCCUCCCCUGCCGCUGCUGCAACAGAGCCCCACCUCGCUGCCCCUUCCCGGGGUGCAGCAGCAGGUCAACGGCCUGACCAGGGUGACGGCCGGCUCGCUGGGGGGAAGUGCGGCAGCCAGUCAUGGCCUGUCCACAGGGCCCGGGGUGGAUGGCCUGCUGGGGAACCUGGCGGGAGGCCAGCAGGUGCCCAUCAAUGGGAUGCUGGGGAAUCUGAACGGAGCUCCGGCCGCCCAGCCACAGAACUCUCUGACGCAGGCGAGCGGGCCCCCCGCCCUGCAGCUCUCCACCAGCCUGAGCAGCGUGCCAGGCCUGAGCCCCCUGACGGAGCAGCAGCGGCACGUCCUGCACCAACACGAACACCAGCUGCAGCAGCUGCAGCAGCUCCUGACGUCCCAGCCGCUUAAUCCGGAGCAGCAGGCCUUGGUGUUCCAGAUGAUGCAGCAAAUCCAGCAGAAGAGGGAGUUGCAGCGGCUUCAGAUGACGGGCACCUCCCAGCUGCCCAUGACCAAUCUGCUGACGGCCACCUCCACGCCCCUCCUCCACUCGAGCGCCACCGCCCUGAUGACCUCCGCCGCCCCGCCCCCUCCCAGCGGCAGCUCCCUCCUGGCGUCCAUCUCCCCCCAGCAGCUCAACCCCGGCAACAGCCUGAUGGGGACCCCGACAGCCUCGCCCCUGAGUGCUCCGGGGAACAGCUUGAUGAGUUCAGGGGCGGGAGUCCCACCAGUCCUUUCCACACAAACCAACCCCUUCCUCAACCUCCAGGUGGACAGCAGUGCCCAGAAAGGAACGAGCAUGAGUGAAAAGGGAGCGGCUGUCACCCAGGACAAGGGCUAAGCCGUCCCAAGCAGACCAGCGGCCCGCUCCUCGCUGCUCCAGGGACCCGGCUCUCCGUGGUCACACAUCUGGAUACUUUAGAGCAAUGAGCACAAGGCUUCUGAGAAGCUCUUCCCGACCAUGGGAAGUGCCCGGUGGUGCUUUAGAAGAUAACGUGUCUCCGGCCAAGACCUGGUAUUGGGUGCCCUUCUAAGAGGAGACAUGGGGCAGGGGGAGGUCCCUGCCGGUUUGAUCCGUGGCGCACUUGCACGAAGUGAAGUUACACUUCUCCUUGCUAAGCAGAGGGCGAGAGUUCGCCUGUGCCCUGACACCUCCCGGCCUCUUCUCCAGUGCGUGUGUGUGUGUGUGUAUGAGUGUGUGUGGGCGUGAGGCCUCCGGGAUGGGGCCCCGAACCAAGACCACAGAGUAUCCUAGGCCAAGACUGUGGUUGAAGAGUCAUCUCUGCUUGUUUUCUGCACAGAUUCAGACAGCUUGCAGCGCCCUCCAGGGGGAUGCCAAGAUAUGACGCGGCUGGAAAAGUGGGGUGGGGCCAUGGGGGUGGGGGGAGUCAAGAUUCUGUCCCAUCACAUGAGGAAACUAAGAGGAAUAUGAACUGUGAAAACCCUGCCACAAACCUACAGCAGGGACUUCACUCCUGCCUGUCGCCUUGUGACCCCUCCAGGAGAUGUUCUGCCAUCGGGAACCAGCACACCACCAGAUCCCAAUCCAGCUUGGGAAGACGUGGAUGGCAGAGCUCUGGAAGGGGAUUGGGCAUCAGAGGUGAAUGCCACCUUCUUCUUACCCCAGCCUCUGUGGUGGGUGCCUCUGCUGAAGAUUAACCUUAAAGACACUACUGGGACCUCUACGCCAGCUGCAGGGCGGACGCCGGUUGGUCAGCUGGGUGCUGUCCCUUCCACAUGAGAAGCACACUCCUCCCUCUCACACUCUCUCUCGUUCUGUCCUUCCAAGGGUCUACAGGCCCAGCAUUGCCACUUGAAAAGGGCUAACGCCAGUACUGCCCACUGCCUGCCCCGCCGCAGGGGGUGAGUUCUAACCAGGCUGUCUUCUCCCGGGGCUAAAACGGCACCAAGGAGGUAGAGGGAGAGAGGGUCUGAAAUCUGUUACUUUUGCUUCCUUACCCACCUCCCGAAUGUGGCUACUCUGGCAGAGAACUUUCUCCCCCCUCGCUGGCACUGGAUUGCCCAGGCCCCGGAAAUGUGGCCAGUCUUCCCAGCCUAGGGCAUUGGAUAGCUUCAUUGCUUCACACUGCCUGGUUUUAACUCCACCUGGUCCUGUGGCAAAGAAACCUGCUUCCUCUAAGGUUGGACAAUGCAGGAUUGGGUUUUUUUGAAGGACAGUUCGGGGAGGGGGAAUCCGCGUCAAACGUUUGAAUUCCCCCUCCCCCGGUUAAAUCUGGAUCUCUCGGGGAGGCGGG